AUCCACUCCCGCACCACCACGCCCCGGGCUUUCUUCAUCCCCCUCCCCAUAUCCGCUUGCGUCUCCCCCUCUUCGCUGCCCGGAGCCCACCCCAAAGUCGUCGCUUUCUUGGACAUCAGCAUCCCUACGUACAUACCCAGCCGCGACCAUGGGGGGCCUCAAGAACGUGCUCUACUACACCUUUCACCCGAACCAGCUUCGGUCCAUCAUACAAUGGAAGGCCUGGCAUGAGCCGGUUUACAGGCGGGAUCCCUCCAAAGAGGCGCCUACCCUGCGGUCGUGCUUCGAGUUGCUUAACCUGACGAGCCGUAGCUUUGCAGCCGUCAUCCAGGAGCUGCAACCCCAGAUGCUCGUGCCGAUCGCCCUCUUCUACCUGGUCCUCCGAGGGCUCGAUACCAUCGAAGAUGACAUGACGCUAUCCGUCGAGACGAAAGAGCCCUUGCUGCGUGAGUUCUCCAAGUACAUGAGCAAGGACGGCUGGACUUUCACGGAGAGCGGCCCCAACGAGAAGGACCGUGAUCUCCUCGUGCACUUUGACGACGUGAUCGCCGAGCUCAAGAAGAUCGACAAGAGAUAUUACGAUAUCAUCGAGGACAUCACCAUCAAGAUGGGCAACGGCAUGGCCGACUACGUCCUGAAUGCCGAGUUCCAGGAAGGCGUCCAGACGGUGGCCCAGUACGAGGAGUAUUGCCACUAUGUUGCGGGCCUGGUGGGCGAGGGCCUGACGCGGAUCUUCGUCGAGGGCAACACGGCCAACCCCGCGCUCCUGGACCGCAUGGAGCUGACGGAGAGCAUGGGCCAGUUCCUGCAAAAGACGAACAUCAUCCGCGACGUCCACGAGGACUUCCAGGACAACCGAAGGUUCUGGCCCAAGGAUAUCUGGAGCAAGUAUGUCGACCGGUGGGAGGACAUGUUCGACCCCAAGUACCGCACCCAGGCCGUCUACUGCAGCUCCGAGAUGGUCCUCAACGCCCUCAAGCACGCCGACGAGUGCUUGUUCUACAUGGCCGGGAUCAAGGAGCAGAGCGUUUUCAACUUCGUCGCCAUCCCGCAAACCAUGGCGAUUGCGAGUCUCGAGCUCGUCUUCCAGAAUCCCAAAAUCUUCCACAGCCAUAUCAAGAUCACCAAGGGCGACGCCUGCCACCUGAUGAUGCAGUCGACGCAGAACCUGCAGGUGGCGUGCGAAGUGUUUAAGACAUAUGCAAGGAGGAUAGCGAAGAAGAACGAUCCACGAGACCCUCACUUUCUCGAGAUCAGCGUGGCUUGUGGCAAGAUCGAGCAAUUCAUCGAGACCCUCUUCCCUACGCAAGACGUGAAGAAGCUAAAGGCCGUCCAAGAUGCCCAGGGGAAGGAGGCCCCUCAGAGCGAUUUCUGGGAGGCCUUGAUGCUGAUCGGAGCCGUGGUGCUCGCCCUCUUGUUUGUUUCUGCUAUGAUGUUCGGUCUAGCCUGGUUUAUGGGAGCGAGAUUCGACGUUAUCUUCGACAAGGCGGCCGCGUCUAGCCUCAAGCAGGCUACCGAAGCGGUCUCGACUUCGACGCCCCUACCGCACGAGGAGUUAUAAUGAAGGAAUAUGUGGGAUUUUAUAUUUGCAUGGCGCGGAGGGCUCUGCGCCUCGAGCGGGCAGCGUCAGCGGCGGUUCUUCCGCUGUCGAAAGGCUCACCGGUU